AUGAGUUUGAGUAGGCUCAUUUCUUUUUUACUUCCUUUUGCAGUGUUGUUUAUAAUGAGUAGGCCUUUUUAUAUAAGUCCAGGGGGAUUAGAAGUGCUUAUAAUCUGGCUUGUUUUAAGAAUUUCUAAGUUUUUCUGUAUUCAUGAGUGAGGUCAGAAGUGUGGGAGGGCCCAUAUUUUAACAUUUGUUUUUGUAGUAAUUUUAAGGGUUAAUCUUUUAGGGAUGAUUCCUUUUGUAAAGAGGGUUAGGUGUCUUCCGGUGUUUGUGAUAAGGUAUGGGUUGUUGUUUUGGAGGGUAGGGAGAAUGUGGAGGGUUUGGGGUUUGAAAAAGUUUUCGCGGAGGGUUUGGGUGAUAGGGGCUCCUCUUGGGUUAAAUUUAUUUGUAGUAUUCGUAGAGUUGUUAAGGUGAGUUGUUCGUCCGGUUGUGUUAGGUGUUCGGUUAAUAAUUAAUGUUUCUUGUGGGCACAUUAUUAUGUCUUUAAUAGGGGAGGUGUUAAUAUUUUUCAUUUGGAACAAUAGGUUCUUAGGGAUUAUUUUUGUUGGAGCAGCUGGGUUUUGGAUUGGUGUGUUGGAGUGGAUCAUUAUGUUAGUGCAGACUUUAGUUUUUGUUGGUAUUAUUGCUUGGUCUUGGGGUGAUUCUUAUAAGGUUGCUUGUUCUCUAUACAUGCGGCGAUGGUGGUUGCCUCGAGUUGGGGGAUUUGCUAAGAAAGGGUAG